AUGAGUGUGAAAUUGGGUUCAUCAUAUCCGUCAGACCUCUUUGAUGAUGAAUACCUUAUUCGGAUUAUUGAUCCGAACGAAUCGAUCCAACAUCCAACAGAUAGUUUAGGACCUUACUAUACCGUUGUUAAAAUCCAUUCUGAUGUAGCAACCUGGCGUGAGGAAAUAGAAAAUGCUAGAAGUCGGAGAUUUGCUGUUAUCGUCGUACUACCCACCCAAACAUAUGCCGAAAUCGUAGACUUUAUUCAAAAAAACAUACAUAAUCGUCCAGGCGUAGACACUUAUUUCAUACUAUCGGACAAUGGCUGCUACUACAAACAGCGAUUGUGUACAAGAUUCUAUCCUCAACUGAAAUGGUCGCGUUCAAUUCAAGGCGCAUGCCAAACGCACAUUCAAUCCGCUUGCUGCACCGCUAGCGAUCUUUAUAUUAACCAUUAUCUAGAUCAAGAGAUGAAGAGUAUACAUGAGGGUGACAAAAACAAGGCCAGAUGGUUCCGCUCACAACAAAUCGCUAGAGCUGAGCUACAAAGAUUAUACAAUCAACAGUUCAUGAGCCAUUCCGACGACAACACACAGGAACAUGAGCACGGAUGA